CCCGAGUGUGUCUUCUUUGUCAUCUACCUCUUCGGUGUUGACCAGCGCGUCUGGUGCUACUGGCGCUCAUCUUCAUCCGGGAAGCAGCACUACAGCUAGCGUUGCUUCGGAGUUUCUCGAGGAAAGCAAGGCAAAGCUCGCUUCAGCUACCAGUUCAACAUCCGGUAUGACAAAAGACCCACAGCAACAGAACAAUGCGUCUAUGUUUCAGUUUCUCCUCUCCCAGCUCAGUACCCUGAUUGGCGUGAACGUCCAUCGCAUCCACAGGUGCAGCAUCGUCCAGAAUUCUAUGGGACGAGGAAUGGGUUCUCACACAGGAGGAGAAGGAGAUCAAACGCAACAAGUUGUGCAGCAGGAAGCACCGCCGACUCCAAACGCCGUUCUGAUGGAUGUGUUGGUGAAGAAGUUUUUCGACUAUAUUUCUGUGGUGGAAGACUCAACCCUUGUCAACACCGCAACCACAACUUCCUCCAGGUCCAAGGCCAACCAGCAGAACAAAAACCUUCUCCGGAAACAGAUCAUCCACUCCCUCGCCCUGAUCAUCGCCGGUGGCUUAGCGAAACCACGGGACAGUUAUCUUCCAGGAAAAAACACGAACACCCAAAUUUCCAUCGAGUUAUUUGUCAUGCGAAACAUGCAUAUAUGUCCUGUGUUUGUCAUGCGAAAAAUGGAAGAUGGGGAUCGAUGGUUUUUUUUCUGUCAAUAACAGCCCGGCGAGGAAAACAUCCGACGUUGCAGCGUAUCUGGAAUCCACUUCGCCGGGGGAUUUAUCAAGUGUAAAAAUGUCUGGGUCUGGAAGGUUGGAACUUGUCAUGCUAAAUCUGAAUGAUGCAAAAAUCUGUGUUGCGUGAGUGCCAAAAGCUGUCCGCUUUUGACCAAGUUGAGGGGGAGUUUCUCAUGCGGGAAAGGGAUGAUAGAGACCUCAAAAAAUCUGUCAUGCUGGGUCUCGCAUUCCAGACCUCAUGGGUCAUGGAAAACCUGCAUCACAAAUCUUGCAUUCUUCCAGACCCAGACAUUUUUACAUUUGAUACGAUUUCGACCUGGACAAUGAAGCCAAGUCGCCCGGUCGACAAGACAAGACCGGAAUAAAGCAAAAGCAAUCUUCCAACCAAGAUGAAUCCCUCGGGAACAACCACAAAGGUAGUGGACUAGCUUCUACUACUGCACCAGCCGCUUCGAAAACCACGGUUCAUUCCGUCGAGAAAAAUUUUCGGAAUUCCGACUGGCUCCGCCCGCUCCGAUCACUUCUCCGGUCUCCGGACCGAGAGAUGCGGCAGUAUGUCGUCGAGGCGUUGGAAACGGUUUUGCAGUCGGCCGGGGAGGAUCUAACCAUUGUCGCGUGGAGUAAAGUCAUCGAGUUUCUUAUGGAAGCGUCAGGUUUGAAAUCGUCAAAGUUGAAGUAAUUUGUUAUGCAUAAAAAUGGAUGCCAGUUGGAACCCAGUUUUCAAGUGGCGCAUGACAAAUUUCGACGGUCCCUAAAUCCAGUGUGUCAUGCUGUCUAGGCAAAGAAGAGCGAUUUUCUCAUGCUACUUUAGCAGCUCGAGCUAUAACCCCAAACAGGCUUACAAUCGACCUCACUUGCCUGCUCUGCAACACACGUAACUCGGGCCAUGCAUUUUAUGCAUGACAAAUCAUUUCAACUUUGUCGAUUUCAACUCUGACACUCCCAUAUUUCUGGCCAGCGCGACGAAACUCGAGAUGGAGUUGCGGAAAAUGAACUGCUAUCAAAUGCAAAAAUAUCUGGGUCUGGAAGAAUCUAGACUUGUGAUGCUGUCUCUGGAUUCGAAAAAGAUUUGUGUUGCGUGACCAGUAAGAGGAGUAGACUUUGUGCUCCACGGAGAUGGCAUUUGUCAUGCGGAAUAGGCAUGAGGAAGCGCUCUAAAAAUCUGUGACGCUAGGUCGUGCAUUACAGGCAUCCUGGGUCAUGCAAAACAUGCAUGACAAAUCUAGAAAUCUUCCAGACCCAGACAUUUUUACACUUGAUAACUGCUUCAACAUGAACAUGCAAAGCAUCCACAGCCAGGAUAGUAACAUGAUGAUGGGCGCAGCUGCAAGUAGUCCUGCCACUUUUUCCGUGGUUGGCGGAGCCGGCAGCCAUAUUACAGGAGAUGGCAUCGGGAUGAAUAGCAGUGAGUCCAGUUUUGAUGCCAAUGACCCGACAUUUGCGACGUUGUUCCGGAUCAUUGAGCUGAUUUUGCAGGAUUUUCGGGAAAAAAUCUUCUUUCCUUCUUCCGCUAGUACCUCUGCACAAAUAAAUCCUGCCGGCCCGUCAUCUUUUGCAGCGACCGGCGCCAAAACUACUUCUACACCAGCUGUAUCAAAGUCAUCUGACCGAGACCGGGCAGAGGUGGAUCUGUUGGUCUUAAUCCAGACAGUUGGCGCGUUCGCGAGAUGCACGAAGUUGUCAGUGAAUGUAUCUUUCACCGCGAUUAAGUACCUCUGGGAAAGUGCCGACAUUUUGGCGAAGAUUUCGGAGGAAGGCCAAGGCAGUGACACGAGAACUACGACAUCUGUCAUGCGAGGCGAGCAAGACAGAUCGGAUCUGUCAAGCGGUACCGGGAUAGAGAUCCCGACAACGCGUUUUCUAAAGCCAUCAUCUUCGACCACUUCGCCUAGUGCCCAGCGGGGGAAUCUCUUGAUGGACCUGAAUGACAACGAAGAUGACGAUGCCAGCCCGGAAGACGGCACUAGUGCAGCGACAGGUGGUCGUGGUGGCUCUCAACAUUCGCGUCAAAAUACUGCUGCGUUUGGGAGCGGUCCAGAUGGCGCAGCUGCUGCCCCAGCCGCCCCCGCAGCUGACAACUCCAACGAGCAGCACACUUCUAACUCCUAUACUGCUGGCAGCAACAACGCCCAGUGGAUUUGGUUGCAGCUCUUUCGGCAACUCCAGAUAUCUUGCCUGGACCCAAGAAGGGAAGUGAGAGAUUGCGCGCUGAAGUCCCUCGCGGGCGCGUUGUGUGGGAGCACAGAACAGGAUGUGGAGGUGAUAGGACAAGCUGGUGCGCAGACUUCCUCAGCCUCGACUCUUGUAUCUUCGUCUACAACGACCACCACUACUUCAACUGCCACGUCCUCGACCUCCGUGAGAAAUAAGAACCCCAUUCUGGCCCGCAUGAUCACGAAAAACCAAACCAAAAAGCAGGAACAGGCGGAGGAACUGAAAAUUUUGAAGAAGCUACUCACCGUGAUGCUCAGUACGCUGCAAAGAUUGGUUGACGUUUAUUUGAGGUGCGAGACAGAAUCCAACGCCCACAUGAAAGCGAUGAGCACCUCGUCUUCAUCAUCUACGGGGAUGAACAUGAAUGAUCUACAUCACAGCAGCAACACGCAACGCAAGCAAUGGGGCCAGUCGGUCGGGUUGGCGAUGCAGAGCAUGAAGAAGGUGUUGUUGUUAUCAAAGUGAAAAAUCCCCCCUCCCCAUAUCAAAUGGGAAAUCUGUGAUGCAGGAUUUGCGUACACAAAUUCGCGCUGUCUUGCAACACGGCAUCGCAACCAGAUCCGCAGCCUACGAGGGACAUUUGGGUGUAGGUGCUUGGCGUUGCAAACGGCUGUCCUCUAGGCCCAGCAGCAUGCCAAACCGCUUCCAUAAUGGCGCGGAAGCCUCUGCGUUUGCCUUCUUGCAAGACAGACGUGAUUUGUGGUCUCAAAUCAGCAAGACAAAUUUUCGAAAGCAUGCCUUUUUGUUUUGAUAUGGGGAGGGGGGAUUUUUCCUCUCAAUAGUUGUCCUGCUCAUACAACAGUGGCGAACAGCAGGGCGGGGGCGGACAGGAAAAAAUCAUUGCAAAUGCAAGUGAGACCAAAAUAUUAAAUCCCCUCCAGGAGUGCUGGACAGAAAUCGCUCUGCAGUACAUUUCCACCAUUUGGCAGUGCCUGAAACCCCCAUGGGGCGGUGGCGGAUUCAACAUCACAGUCGAUAAGGAUUCGGACUCCUAUUUCUACACUGACUUGAGCGGCGGUAAUAUUAACCCGGCAGGACUGCAUUCGAAUGCUGGAUCAUCUCGGAGCAACAGCGGCAUUGGCGGCCAGCUCAACAUACCGGGCAAGAACGAGGACUCAAGUUCUUCUGCCGCGAGAAUAUUACAGAGCACCCCGGCCGCAGCAGCAGCAGUUCCAACAUCGUCUUUAUCCAAAUCAUCUUCCCUCGACCUCUUUUCCCAAAUCGAUGAGGACCGCAUGCAGAGCCACGCGCGCACGGCUAUCAAAUGUAAAAAUGUCUGGGUCUCGAAGAUUGCCAGGUUUGUCAUGCACAUUUUGCAUGACUCCUGAUGUCUGUGAUGCAUGCCCUAGCAUCACAGAUUUUGUGAGGGCUUCCUGAUGCCUAUACCGCAUGACAAAUGCUCUUUCCGUGUAGUAAAACUUAAACUUGGACUCUGUUUGCUGUUCAUGCAAUACAGGUUUUUUUAGAACCCACAAUCAGCAUGACAAGUUGGAUUCUUCCAGACCCAGACACUUUUACAGUUGAUAACGGCAAACACCUGUCUCAAGUGUCUGGGAGAGUUCGUUUUACCGUUCUCUUCCCUCCGGAAGUCCUGCUUCGCGCUACUGUGGCGCUUAACCAAGGCGUUCUUGACCCAACCAGUGUUGCCAGAGGCUCUAGCAGACGGGGUCUUGGCCUGUUUAACCACGCUGAACCAACCGCACCAGCAUGUGACGUCAACCGCAACUUCUGGUGUAAUAUCGUCCACAACGACAUCAACGACCACGCUCGCCGGGACUUCUAAAGAGGCCGAAAUCCAGUGGCUGCUCCUGAUUUCCAUGGGCUCCGUACCUACACUUUACACAGAUGUCGCGGAGCCGUGGUACCCGAUCAGCCAAUCCCUUUUGAAAAACACGCCCGAGAUAAAAGAUUCCGAGUCCAAUGUUUGCGAAUUGGAUGAGCAGAUGGAGGUCGAAAUUGACAACUUGCUGAACGAUAUCAUCGGGGGUAGUAGCGCAGCUGUAGGUGUAGGAACUGCUUCUAGUAGUACCACCAGUGGAUCAGGACUACAAUCUUCUUCCGUCGCCGGAUCCGCAGGAGGCACAGCCCCGGUCAGUAGGUCGCAAACGCCCAAUGGCUCAUCUUCGAAGCUGCUAAGUGCUUCUAUGCGAAAAAAUUCUUACUCCACGAAUUUUUCCGGCGCGGCGUGGCUCUGGCAACCGGGUAUCAGAGGCAGUCUGCAACUGUACAAGAAGAAACAGGCUGUUCCGGAAGUGAACUGCAUAAAGACGACACAGACGCAAAGCAGUAGUGCUGGAGGUAGUAGUUCCUCGUCAUCCACCAAUUAUGUUCCACUGAAGACCUGGCAGCCGCCACCGAACACCCCGCACCAGCAAAUGGUGAGGAAUUUCGCGGUUUUCACGCACAAGAAGGCGCUGCCACACCCGGUCUCGGGGAUUUUUUCCCUGCUGGAACAGCAGAAAUGGUUUCACAACUUUAUUGCGGACGAUGCAACACAAAAUCAAAAAUCCACAAGCCUUCUGGAGACGUUCGUGAAGCUUUUUUCCAAAGUCUACCUCGGGAAGCAAAUUCUUUUUGCGGACUCGCAAAAGCCCAUGUUGGCCGUGCGGGUCUGCUACUUGCUUGUCUCCGUCGUGAGGCAAGGGCUUCUGUUGUUGAUGCAGGAGAAUAAUAUACCAGAAGGGGGGUCGAAAGGAGUCGCGUCGACGACUUCUGCAGGAGCAUCUCCUGCAAUGCAAAUCAUGAAGACCUGCUCCGGCACGAAAAUCCGAAACGAAAUUGUGCCCUACCUCCUCCUAUCCUGUGCAAAAGUAUCGUACUCGUAUAAAUGCGAGUCCUGCAUUACAAAUCUGGUUCCCAAGGCGAAUCUGCAUUACAAAUUUUACUUCUCAUGCUGCGGAAAUUUGUAAUGCAUUUAUACGAGUGCGAUACUUUUGCAGUUCAUACCUCCUCGAGGUUUUGAAGCCGAUUUUCUCCUCCAGCGGGAGCUCCGCAAAUACAGUGUCUGGCUUUAUGGCAGUGCACAACUCCCCGUGGUCACCGUCAUUUGUCAUGCAAAACCCCAAUAAAUCGAGGCACUUCCUUGUGGCAUUGUUUGCAUGACAAAUCCCGGAAGCUCAAACACUACUACGCUAGGCGCUCAAAUUUGUCAUGCAUGGACUCCACGUGGGGUGGUGUCUGUUGUACUAUUGCUGUUCAUGCUACAAGGCCGCAACUUAUGUCGCGCAGUGGGAGGGUGAACGAGUGGACGGGGUGGAAAGAAAAACGCCAGAGGGUGGGUAAGGGAGAAAAUUUUUGAUGCAGGGCGGGGCCAGGCAUCUGCGCCGCUUCUUGCUGAAAGAACGAAGGAGGAGCGCCAUGGCGCCCGUGGUUCCCUUUUGUUGUGCGAGCGCGAGGACCCCGCUCGUACUGGGUGCGCGUUUGCGUGGCGGCAAGCCUUAGGCCCAAGCAACAACGCAAAGCGCGGCAGCGGGCGGGCGCCAGUGGACGGGGGAAGGAAGCAGGCGAACAGUCCGCGCCAUGCGAGGCGCUGGCGCGUGACGCCCCACCCGCGCGUUUGCGGUGUGGCCCGUUCGUGCCGCCUGCCUGCGUGCCCCGCCCCUCUGCGCCUUGGUGCCCCCCGCGCCCUUCUUCUGCGCGCAGCCUUGCAGAACGGACGCUCGCGCGCUGGGGCCCCUGCCGCGCGCGUGGAUGGAGGAAGGGAGCCGGGGCGGGGCAUUCAUUCAUUGCCCUCUAGGCGCAGGGGCCCACCAGUCUCCCCCAGCACCCCCGGACAACAACGGCGCCCCCCGCGUUACCUCGCAUGCAAUCUGUUUCGCCCCCGCCUGCUUCCCUCGCGCGCGCCCUUCCUCCGAGACAGAGACGGCGGACGGUGGCGCCCUCUGCCGGUCUCUUCGUGAACAGAGGGAGGGCGCCGGGGAAGGGUGGUGAGGGCAGCUGCUCGCCUGCACGCCUGGCGCUGGGGCGCGAUUUUCCCUUCGCGAACAGAGGGAGGGCGCCGGGGGAGGGUGGUGGGCAGCUGCUCACCUGGUGCUUGGCCGCCGGCGGUGUUCCCCAGACGGCGGCAGACGCCUUUUCAAUGCAUUUCCAGCUGGAGAAACAUUUGGAAGAGGCAUCUGCAGCGCGUUUCCGCCUGGAAAUGCAGCUGCAGACGCCUUUUGCUUUUCAAUGCAUUUCCCACCUGGCCUGUUCAAAGUGUUUCCAGCUGGAUUUCCAGCUGAAGAGGCCUGCUCCAUUUCCAUCUGGAAAUCCAGCUAGAAACACUUUGAGAAGGCAUCUGCACCGCGGGCGCUGCUACAAUUUCAGGCGAAGCAAGACGCCUCAAGGCAUAUCCAGGCGGAAUGUCGGCCGGGCGGAGAUGGCCCGAGGGUAUUUCCAGGGGCGACUUUGGGGCUUUUCGGGUUUUUUUGCAAGAGUUGCUGUGUUUAGCACAGCAAUUCUGGCUACCCGGGGAAAGGGUUUAUUUUCAGGAAGAUAUUGGGAGGGUAUCAGGAUCGUGGGAGGAUAUUGGAUUUUUUGUCCGAGUUGCUGUGUUUAGCAUAGCAAUUCUGACUACCUGGGGAAAGGGUUCCCAAUAGGAUAUUGGUAGGGUAUCAGGAUAGUGGGAGGAUAUUGGAUUUUUUGCCCGAGUUGCUGUGUUUAACACAGCAAAGCUGGCUACCCAGGGGAAAGGCUUCCAGUAGGAUGUUGGGAGGGUAUCUUCAGGAUACUUGGAGGACAUUGGACAGGGAUUGAAAAGAUUCACUUUCUUGCCCGAGUUGCUUUGCUUAGCGCAGCAAUUCUGGCUACCCAGGGAAAAGAUUUCCAAUAGGGCACUGGGAGGGUAUCAGGAUAGUGAGGGGAUAUUGGGGUAGUGGGAAGGAACGGGCAAAAGGAUGGAGCGUUUUGCUUGUUUUCCCCGAGUUGUUGUGUUUAGCGCAACAAUUCUGGCUACCCAGGGGAAAGAUUUCUCAGUAGGAUGCGCUGCCAUCCCUGUAGAGUUCGCAGGAAUGCGAUCGCCGCCUUCGGUCUUCGGCUGCCUGAUCGCGUUGCUCUCGCUCCUCGGACGCGCGACCAACUGAGUUUUUUUUUUCCUUAGGGAUUUUAGUAAGGAAGUGAAACGGGGAGAAGAGUUUGUUUGGGAGUUUGUUGCGAAAUAUUUUCGACGGGGCCCGCGAAAUAUUUUGCGUUGCAAAAUAUUCUGGAGCUGCAAAAUAUUUUGGAGCUGUAAAAUAUUUUGGAGUUGCAAAAUAUUUCGAGCUGGGAAAUAUUUGGAGCUGGGAAAUCUUUGGAGCUGGGAAAUCUUUGGAGCUGGGAAAUAUUUCGAGCUGGGAAAUAUUUCGAGCUGGGAAAUAUUUGGAGCUGGGAAAUAUUUCGAGCUGGGAAAUAUUUCGAGCUGGGAAAUAUUUCGAGCUGGGAAAUAUUUCGAGCUGGGAAAUAUUUCGAGCUGGGAAAUAUUUCGAGCUGGGAAAUAUUUCGAGCUGGGAAAUAUUUCGAGCUGGGAAAUAUUUCGAGCUGGGAAAUAUUUCGAGCUGGGAAAUAUUUCGAGCUGGGAAAUAUUUCGAGCUGGGAAAUAUUUCGAGCUGGGAAAUAUUUCGAGCUGGGAAAUAUUUCGAGCUGGGAAAUAUUUCGAGCUGGGAAAUAUUUCGAGCUGGGAAAUAUUUCGAGCUGGGAAAUAUUUCGAGCUGGGAAAUAUUUCGAGCUGGGAAAUAUUUCGAGCUGGGAAAUAUUUCGAGCUGGGAAAUAUUGCAAAAUAUUUCGAGCUCCAAAAUAUUUCGAGCACCAAAAUAUAUCGAGCUUCAAAAUAUUUCGAGCUCCAAAAUAUUUCGAGCUCCAAAAUAUUUCGAGCCGCGAAAUAUUUCGAGCAAAUAUGGCCGUUGGGCGUUGGGCGACUUCCCAAAUCGCGACAGCUUUGGAAAGUUUGAAAAAUGCCAAAAAAAGCUUCGGCGUGGACGAUUUUCCUCCCCGUCACAAAGUUUUAACUUGCGCAGCUCAGCAAUAGGAGUUAUACAAAUGAGGGGGAGGGGGAGUUGUGCACUUUCAUAGGCUCCGCGAUCGGUCAUCUAGUUGGUGGGGGCACGGAUGUUGUCGACCAUGAACUCCUGCACAGUCUGAGCAUCGAAACAGGAUUGUUCAAAGUCGCAAUUGAGGCGGGGUUUUACCUCAUUGAGGACUGUCUGCAGACGAUUUACUGUCCUUCUACGGUCGUGGGGGCUGGGGGCGCCGGCGAGCUUGCAACGCCACCUUCAGCAGGAGCUGAAAAUAAUCAUUUCGACCACCAGCCCUUCCUCGAUGCAGCGAUUAAGUUCAUUGUGGCGAUCAAUUUCACCGAAUUUCAUCUUGCAGCGUUCUCCUCUUCCUCCAAUUCUCCUGCGAUGUCAAGCAAGGCUGGAGGUAGUGGCGGAGGGGGCAAUAAGACAACUGCAUCCAACAGUACACCAGUAUCCACUUCCAUUCUCGAAUGCGCGAAAAUCCACCUACUCGGGUACCAAUUGAUUCCAAGAAUUAUGCACUGCAAAAGUAUCGUACUAGCAUAAAUCGCAUGACAAAUUAGCUCAGCAUGACAAAUGGGAUUUGUCAUGCAGUUUUACCUUGGGAUGGAGAUUUGUAAUGCAUGACUGCGAUUACUACGCGUGCGAUACUUUUGCACAGGAUAAGAAUCUGCGCGAAACAAAGUGAAGAAAGCUUCAGCUUGGUAUCGCAGUUGCUGAAAAUGCUGAUCGAAAAUGAACAAGAGCAAAUGAUUGAGGAGGAGGAGCAGCUCGCUUUAUCAUCUGCUGGCUCACAUAGUAGUGCGAGUACCAGCGGGACGUCAAGUACAAACUCCUUCGGGAAAACUUUCGAGGCCAUCACGAAUCUGUUGGUUGAUUUAGCGACGCGUGGUGUAACGUCAACAUUUGGGACGUCCACGUCGACUAGCACUUCGUCCAACGGCAACAAAUCUUCAUGCCUGACAUGCAUGGCAUACGAAAAUUUUCUACUCGGUCGAGUGGCCUACAAUAAGGACCCUGCUACAGACGACGACCCUGGGAACCACCACCACGGUGCUGCGGCGGCUAGCGGUGGCGCAUGGCUGCAACACAGCUUUACUGGUACAGAGGAAUAUCCUGCUACUAACCCGAAGAUAAACGCGAAAGUCAAAGACUUGGCGAAAAAGUUGCUGCUGGACCGGCUGUGCGAGCAAUAUGAGCAGUACAGAAAGUGGUCGACUUCUGCGGAUGACGCAGCACAACAGAAAGUAGACUCUUCUUCUACAACUGCUUCCCCAUCGUCAAAAGAGCUCUCCCCCGCGAGCCGCGCCGGGACGUCAACUUCAAAAAGAUUGGAAAUCAACAGCAGCACGCCGUCGUCAAAGCGGGGGCAGCACCAGCACCAGAGUGGCAAGGGCGCAGCGCCGGCGGCAGCGACAACUACUGCCUCACCCUCAGCAAACUACAUAAGGAGACAAAUCACGGCAUCCCGGCUCGCGGACACGGUACAACGGAUCGCGCGGACGGUAUGGAAGCGUCAGGUUUGAAAUCGUCAAAGUUGAGAUAGUUUGUAAUGCAUAAAAUGCAUGACCCGAGGUACGUGCGUUGCAGAGCAGGCAAAUGAGGCCGAUUGCAAGCCUGUUUGGGGUUGCAGCUCGAGCUGCUAAAGUAGCAUGAGAAAGUCGCCCUUCUUUGCCUAAACAGCAGGACAAACUGGAUUUAGGGACCGCCGAAAUUUGUCAUGCGCCGCUUGCGAAUUGGGCUUCCAACUGGUGUCGAUUUUAUGCAUCACAAAUUAUUUCAACUUUGUUAAUUUCAAUCCUGACAGUUCCAUAGACGGGCGACGCAGUGCAGGAGAUAUUCGCGAGAAGUUGUGCUUCAACUCCUGGCGACCACGAGAGUAGAAAUAUGAAUCCAAGAACGUCGUCGGCCGCAGUGGAGCUGUUGCUCCCAAAGUUGAUCCUCUGCGAAGAAAGGGCGAUCCGAGACCCGCUAAGUGUGAUCUUCCAGCAUUUGAUGACGGUGAGAACAAGGCCGAGCAGUCGUGUUGUGACUGCGAUAGCUGGAGUGACGGCAGCAGCUUCAGCAACUUCUACAGAAGUUGAUGAGCAGGGGUCACGAGCAGGACUACAUGCGGGGACGCCUGGCGGGAGUAGAAGUGGAAAAGCCAUGUUGACCGUGCAGGACAACCGGGGGGACGAUCUUCGGGUGAACACGUCGAAUGAUGUCCAACCUGGACCGAGCAAAAGUCAGAGGACCGCGCUAAAAGUAAAAAGUCCGAUGCGAGAGGAGGACGGCAUCUGAACUAAGCCGGUAGAAUCGCCUUGAUACGGCAAUGGCUUGAAGAUGCAUUCUACCUUGGCGAUCGUGUUGCAAAAAAAGAAGUAGAUGAAACCUACUAGCUAAGGACAGGGACACAAUCUC